UGGUUGCCCGAGCCCCGCCGCUAAAGUCGUCCGGGUGCCGCGCAAGCUGGUCGGCCUCGUACCCUGCAAGGUCACCCACGUGCGGGCGCCGGACGAGCGGGGCUGCUGAACUGGGGAGGGAUGCUGCGCUCGGCGGUGGCGGUGGCGGCCUUGGCCCCGUCGGGCCUGCCAGGGCGCCCGUUGCUGCUGACGGCUCUGAGCCUGUCGCCUGGGAAGCGGCUCUCUUCGCGAGGCCCGGCGGGUCAGAGCGAGCAGCGCCGGGGCCCGGCAAAGCCCCGCUUCCCUCCUCUGCGGAUCCCCGAGGUGGCCGAAACGGCCCGCUUGGUGGCGGAGAAGACGCGGGCCCCGCCGCCGCUGCGAAGGUUCAUCGCCUGUCCCGACCUCGCGCGUGCCGUGGCCUCUAGUCUGCAAAGCGGGAGGGGCUCCGAGGAGCGGGAGACGGUGGUGCUGGAAUGCGAGCCAGGGCCUGGAGUCUUAACCCGAACAUUACUCAAUGCUGGUACCCAUGUGAUAGCUCUGGAGAGUAAUAAGUCAUUUCUUCCUGACUUAGAGUCUCUUAAGGAAAAAUCAGAUGGCCAGCUAGAAGUGGUACAUUGUGACUUUUUCAGAUUGGACCCUGUGGGUUUUGGAUCCGUGAAGCCACCUUUUAUGUAUUCUGAAAGACUUUUUGAGAACUUGGGCAUCUUAACAGUUCCUUGGACAGCAGAUGUUACUCUAAAAGUGAUUGGAAUUGUGCCACAAAGAAAGGAAAGGAACCUGAUUUGGAAGCUUCUCUAUGCCUUAUAUGAACGCAGUUCUAUAUUUAAAUAUGGAAGAACAGAACUGAACCUCUUUGUCAGUGAAAAAGAAUAUAAGACUCUUGUUGCAAAGCCUGAGGAAACAAGAACCUAUCAAGCACUAAGUGUACUAUGGCAAACAGCCUGUGACAUCCAACUUCUGCGUAUGGAGCCUUGGCCUUCAUUUUUGACUAAUUCAAAAAAUGGUGGACUCUCUAUACCAAAGAGUGUGCUGCUGCAGAAUGACCACUUGUGCUUAAUACGGCUGACGCCGCGGAAGAAUUUGUUUACGGACAGCUUGACAACUAGUAAUUCAAGAAUAUUUGUUGUGAUGGUGAAACAAUGCCUUGCUAAAAGCAAGACUAAACUAAUAGAUAAAUUAAAUUUUUGGAGUUCCCAAGGUGGGAAGGAAUUAUUGAGACAGUUGGAGAUACCAGAAAACAUUACAACGGGUAGUCUAUAUCCAGAGCAGUACAAAAGCCUUUUUGAGAUUAUGGAACAAGCUAAUGAAUUUGACCAAAGCUGGCUCUAUGAUGAAGAUUCUUUAGAGGAUAGCAGGGGCAUCAAUUUUUAAACUGAAACUGGUUUAUUUUGAAAAGAAGCUUGUUAUGGUGCAAAUGAUAGUGGCCUGAAACCUCUUUAUCAGCAAGGAUAAUUUAGUUGAUAAAUUAUUAGAUGAAGGUGAUGCCAUAUGAAAAUUCAACACCUUACAUGCCUGAUUGGUCCUCCAUGGGAAAUUUCAUGUCAUUGCAUUUUCUAAGGUGCAAGACAAAAUAGUGAACUGUUUUCAGUCUUGUUUUUAUUCCUUGUAUUAUAGCAGAGCUACUUUUGGAAUAUAAGGCAAACAUGGCAUACUCUGCAGUUUGUCUCAAAAAUAAAUACAAAGCUUGAAAUGCAUAGACUUGCACAUUUUCUUUUUAAAAACAGGAACUGUAAACCAAAAAUUCGCCAAAAGAAGCAAGAAAAUGUAUAUUUCUGGAUUAAAGACUUGUGCUCAAAUACUUGAGUUACUCUAGAACUGGCCCCCACAUGGAAAAAUGUUUGCAAAAAUUUCUAUAUAUAUAUAUUGUAUAAGCAUAUGUAAAUAGUAUAUAGUGAAUGCACUUCAGUUAUCCUGUUUUCUGACCAGGAUAUUAACUACUAUGUAAACUAAAAGAGGUUUGUCUCAUCACAAACCUUUUUCUAAUUUAUAAAAAUGUAAAUAUCUUCAUUAAAAAUGCAAUAAAACACUAUUUCUAGUCAAGAGACUGAUUUCUUUUGCAACUGUAUUGUUCUGUCUAUCCAGGCCCUUGUACACUGCUGUUGAAGAGCUGUAUGAAAAUUUCUUAAAUAUAAUAGCUAGAAUCAAAUUAAGUAAUUCUGAUAAUGCAGAAAUUUCCAUCUGUAUAGCAAAACUUUCCCUUUGAUCGCUCUUCCCUUUUUCCACUUCAUUCCCCCCAAAUCUGCUCUAGAGGGCUGCGGCAGAGGAAGAGGAAGGAAACUUGUACAGCCCGAAGUCCUUGUUCUAAGAACUAGUUUGUUGUUUGACUGCCAUAGCGGGGCGGGGGAAAGAUACUGUAAGUUUCUUUGCGGGUACUGUUUGUGCUGUUGAGGAAGCAAUGUAUGUAAAGCCAAAGACAGUUGGGAAAUGGGAGAGGAGAGAUUACUAAAAUGGGAGGACUCGUAAACACUCCUUGCACAAGGAAAUCUGCAAUCAUAAGAAAUGAACAUAGGAUGAUGAUGAUGAUGAUUAAAUUUAGUAUUAUUAGAUUCACUAGUAGGUCCUAAAGUGGGUUACAGUAAUUUAAAAGGAGUAGUUGAACUCCCGUUUUAUUUCUUUAAAAUGUGUUGGAUUCAGAUUAAAGCUGCAAUUCUGCACAGUACUUACCUGAAUUCAGUGAUGAUUUCUGAGUAGACAUGUACAGAAUUGCAUUCUAAGUUAGUUGUACUUAAGUUUCAUUUGAUUUCAGUGGGAAUUAACAACGGUCCAAUUAUACCUGCUCUGAAGUAGUAAGUAAUUUAUGUCAGUGGAGCUUACUCCCAGGUAAGUAGGGCUAGUAUUGCGGCUUAAGUCAUUACUAACUUUCACAUUUAUUUUAACGGUAUCGAAAUCCAAUUAACGAAGACUGCAGUUCUGUGCUCUUACUUGGGAAUAAGCAACACUGAACACUAUGAGCUUCCUUGUAUUAUGACUAUUAUUUACUUCUUUCAUUGUACAAAAUGUCUCAAAGCGACUUACUUUUUUUAAAUAAAGAUACUAAAAUGUGUCAAAAAAAUUAAAACAACAUCUAAAAGUGCUCAUGCUGCAAGUACAUAUGUAGAGGAUUGUGAUAUUAAUCUGAACCAAUAAUUCAUUUCCCUCUUUUCCCAAGUGCCCAAGCCAGUUUACAGCAUUAUAUAAGCAACAUUAUGUAAACCACUAACAGGCAAAGCAAUCCUUAAUGUGUGGGACAACUGAUAUGCUAGAGCAAUGCUUCAGAAAUAAAAUACGUUGAAACAUAUUUGCGUGGGCUAGGGGAAGGAAGGAAGGAAGGAAGGAAGGAAGGAA